AUGGCUAUUGAAUCUACUGUUGUCGUCCCAGCAUACCAUGAAAAGUUAAACAUCAAACCUUUAACUACAAGAUUAUUUGCAGCUUUAGGUCCAGCUGAAUCUAAAAAAACUGAAUUAAUCUUCGUUGAUGAUAAUUCAAAUGAUGGUUCUGUUGAAGAAGUUGAAGCUUUACAAAAACAAGGUUAUAACGUUAGAAUCAUUGUUAGAACUACUGAAAGAGGUUUAAGUUCUGCUGUCUUGAGAGGGUUUGAAGAAGGUAAAGGUGAAUAUUUAUUAUGUAUGGAUGCUGAUUUACAACAUCCUCCAGAAACUGUUCCUGAAUUCUUGGAAAAUUUAAGAAAACAUCCAUUUUCAAUUGGUACUAGAUAUGCUGCAGGUGUUGGUAUUGAUAAAGAUUGGCCAUUAUAUCGUCGUGUUAUUUCUUCAGGUGCAAGAAUUUUAGCAAGACCUUUAACAACAGCUUCAGAUCCAAUGUCUGGAUUUUUUGGUGUUCAAAAAAAAUAUUUAAAACAAGGUGGUGAAAAUAUUAAUACCCAGGGUUUUAAAAUUGCUUUAGAAUUAUUAGCUAAAUUACCAUUACCAAAAAAUGAACCAAUUGGUGAAGUUCCUUAUUCAUUUGGUGUUAGAACUGAAGGUGAAUCAAAAUUAUCAAGUAAAGUUAUGAUUCAAUAUCUAGAUCAAUUAAAAGAAUUAUAUAUUUAUAACUUUGGGUUAGGUCCAAUCUUAUUAUUCUUUUUGUUGAUUGUUAUUGUUGGUUUAUAUAUUUUAUCACAAUUGUUUUAA